AUGAAGAAUUUAGAAGGUUUUUCACAAGUUAUUGGAGCAAUUGAUAGAAGUCAUAUUUCUAUUAGAGCACCAUCUAAAAUUAUUUUAAUAGAAAAAAUUUAUAGUGAUAGUGGUUAUGCUAAUUAUGAUUGGCUUUUAGUACCUUAUAAAGAUAAUGGACAUUUAACUCAAGUUCAAAAUCAUUAUAAUUAUAUACAUUCUACAACAAGAAUCAAAAUUGAACAAGCUUUUGGAUUACUUAAAUCACAUUGGAGAGUGUUGCAAAAUCCAAUAGAAACAAAUUUUAAAAUAGUAUCUCAUAUUGUAAGCUGUUGUUAUAUUCUUCACAAUAUUUGUGAAGAAAUAAUUGAUGAAUUUGAUAUUAUUUCUGAUCAAGUAUUGAUAAAUAAUGGAACAACUUCAGAAGUAAAUAUAAUUAAUGAUACUGAAAGAGAUUUAAUAGCUGAUUAUAUUUUUUCAAAAUGA